AUGAGAAUCUUUAAGUCCUCAUUUAAGUAUUACUUCCUAAAGAUCCAUCCUUUAGACCUAAUUUUUAAUAGCUCAAUUUAGUAAGUUGAUCGAAUUCCAGAUGAAAUAUCAUAAACAUAUUCAAUAAAGACGAAAAUAAAAAAUUAAAGCAUAAAUUCAUCAAUCAAAAGAUAGAAAUAAAAUCAGUUGAUAAUUGGUAUUUGAUUCUUUUAAAAAAAUAGUGCUAUCUAAUUUAGAAAGAAGAAGUUUAUUUCAGAGACAUCUCAAUUCUAUAAUAUGA